UCAGGGUAUGUGUGGGUAGGAUUCCACCACCUGGUGUGGGAGCUUGAGGUGGAAACUAAGCCUUCCUGUCCCUGACACAGGAACAUGACACUGCUCCGAGGGCUCCUGGUGCUCAGCUUGUCUUGCCUGCAAGGCCCCUGCUCCGUGUUCUCUCCUGUGAGCGCCAUGGAGCCCUUGGACCAGCAAGUAAUGGGCGAUGAGGUGCAUUCAAUUAUCGGGCAGGCCCAGGAGAAGCUGUCCCCGCUUGCCCUCCUCAAGUUGGGCAACCAGGAGCCUGGUGGCCUAACUGCCCUGAAGAGGUCCCCAGGAGACUGCAAAGGUGCCCCAACUCCAGAGGAGACUCGCAGGCUGGCUCAGGCCAUAAUGUCUUUCACCGCUGACUUGUUCUCCCUGGUGGCUCAAAGUUCCACCAGCCCCAACCUCAUCCUGUCGCCCUUGAGUGUGGCCCUGGCUCUGUCUCACCUGGCACUAGGUGCUCAGAAUCAAACACUGCAGAGCUUACAACAGGUACUGCAUGCAGACUCAGGAUCCUGUCUCCCCCAUCUGCUGAGCCACCUCUGUCAGAACUUGGGCCCUGGGACCUUUCGAUUGGCUGCCAGAAUGUACCUGCAGAAAGGAUUUCCCAUCAAAGAGCAUUUCCUGGAGCAAUCAGAACAGCUCUUCCGUGCAAAGCCCAUGAACCUGGUGGGAAGGCAGGAGGAUGACCUGGCGAACAUCAACCAAUGGGUGAAGGAGGCCACAGAGGGAAAGAUUGAGAAUUUCCUCUCAGAGCUCCCAGAUAAUACCGUAUUGCUUCUCCUCAAUGCGAUCCACUUUCAGGGUUUUUGGAGGACCAAGUUUGACCCAAGCCUCACCCAGAGAGACUCCUUCCACUUGGACGAACAGUUUACAGUGCCAGUGGACAUGAUGCAAGCCCAUUCCUACCCCCUGCGCUGGUUCUUGCUGGAGCAGCCUGAGAUACAGGUGGCUCAUUUCCCUUUUAAGAACAACAUGAGCUUUGUGGUGAUGGUGCCUACCUACUUUGAGUGGAAUGUGUCCCAGAUACUGGCCAACCUGAGCUGGGACACUCUGCACCAGCCCUUGCUGCGGGAGAGGCCCACCAAGGUGCGGCUGCCUAAACUGCAUCUGAAACACCACCUGGACUUGGUGACCACACUCAGCCAGCUGGGCCUGCAGGAGCUGUUCCAGUCCCCAGACCUGCGUGGGAUCUCAGAUGAGAGGCUAGUGGUAUCCAGUGUGCAGCAUCAGUCCACGCUGGAGCUCAGUGAGGCUGGUGUGGAGGCAGCUGCAGCCACCAGCACGGCCAUGUCCCGCAUGUCCCUCUCCUCCUUCAGCGUGAACCGCCCCUUCCUCUUCUUCAUCCUCGAGGACACCACAGGCCUGCCCCUCUUUGUGGGCAGUGUGAGGAACCCCAACCCUGGCGCACAGCCUGAGCUCCAGGAGCAGCAGGAUUCCCCUGACAACAGGGACUCCUUCCAGGACCAGAAAGCCUUCCUCCACAGAGAUAAGCCCUUUGGCCCUGACUUGAAACUCAUGCCACCCUCCGAGGAGGAUUACUCUGAGUUUAACAGCCCCAAGUGAGGGCCCUGGUCACCAGCAUUCUGAGUCCCCACCCAGACCAGCUCUCAACUUGUGUGACUCUU